AUGAAUGAGUGCGGUGGUACAUAUCGUUCAACGAUCGAUCGUUUUAAUACAAUUGAUGUAAGAUUGCGAAUUCUUAUAAAGAAUGAGAAUUCUUGCGAAUUUAUGGUGUCACACAAAUGA